AUGCUUUGCUUGGCUUUGGCAGGUACCAGGAUCAUCUAUGACCGCAAGUUCCUGCUGGAGUGUAAAAACUCCCCCAUCGCUAAGACUCCGCCCUGCUGCCUCCCACAGAUCCCUGGUGUCACCACUCCUACCCAUACAGCACUCUCCAAGCUCGAGGACCUGAAAGAACAAAAUGAGCUGGAGGAAGAGAGUCCAGAGGAAGAGCAGUUUAAGAUGGACAUCUGAGCUCCCUGCCAGCAUGCUCUACUGGCCGAUGUGAGGGAACUCUCAGCGCCUUGCCCUCUCUCUCAGCCCUGGGGCAGCAGAAGAGAGUGAGGCUUUGGUGGUGGUGCCAGCUGCAUGCCUGGCUUGAGUUUUUAAUACUACCUUUCUGCAAUUGAUUUUUGUCCUGGAUCUCUUUAUGGAACUGGAGGCCUGGGCUCUGCUGCCCAGGGGGGCUGGUUUUGGCUCCUGCCCUGCUGACUGUUAAGCAUGAGUUCUCCCGGACUCACUGUGGGGCUCUUCAAUAAAGAACCUGAAAAGCCUCCUGCUCAGAGUA